UUCCCAACUCGCCAUUCAUAUCCAAAGUAAGUUUUAGUUGCUGAAUAGUUCAAUAAAAGAAGAAGGAAGAGUUUUAUCAGCGAGUGAAAAAAAUGCAGUCAAUGAAGGAAACCGUAGCAAACGUUGCCGCCUCUGCUAAGGCUGGCAUGGACAAGACCAAAGCCACUGUCCAAGAAAAGGUGGACAAGAUGUCAGCGCAUGAUCCGGCGCAGAAACAAAUGGCGACAGAGAGGAAAGAGCAGAGGAAAGCAGAGGCUGAAUGGAACAAACAAGAGGCCCGUGAGCAUAAUGCAGCAGCCAAGCAAGCAGCAAAGGCUGGUAGCGAUGCUCAAUACACUGCUACGGGAGGUGGAACUACUACUGGCUAUGGCACAGAGUCUUGUACCCAUAAUGUGACCGGGACCCCUGGUUACCCCACUGGAACCCAACAGAUGUCUGCCAUGCCUGGACAUGGCACAGGUCAGCCAUAUGGUGGGCAUGUGGAUUCAUCAGGGUUAGCCAGGACUGACCCAACUGGGCUGCCUGGCGACACGACUGGCCAUAACCCGCGUGUGUAGGACUAGUGCGCCUUGAUCAUUAAUGAUCGAGUUUGUUGGGUCUCGUGUUGUUUUAAGUUUGCCGUUUAGUAUUUUGCAACUAAUGUAAUUCUAUCGUUUUCAUGUAUUUUCAUGUCCUGCUGUGCUGGACUAUUAAUGUUAUUAGGAGAAUAAAAAUGUGGCUCUUCUUUUUUCCCUGUUUA